CAUUGGGACAGCAAGCAACAUUCCUGGCCACUGAUAGAGCGCAGUCAAUUAAUAUUUAUGCAAAGGUUGUUCACUUUCUACUGCACAAAGUUAGCAGUGAGAGGACCAAUGUGUGGCAGUUUUUUCACCCUUGUUGGGAAGAUCCACGGGAUUUGUAAUUGGCCGCCAGUGAAUCGGGAUGAAGACGUGCUUUGCACACUACUUCAAACACUUUGGCGUUCCCUUUUUUCUUUUUCCGUAAAAUGCCAAGACUUCGUCCAUCACAUUCUGCACAUUUCAAACCAGGCUGCUCAUUUGGAAGGACGCCAGACCGCAGGCUUGCUAAUCUGCAAAUUCAGUCCAAUAAAUGGUGACAUUGGCUGUCAGCGUUGGAAUAAGAAAUCGAUAGGCUACUCAAAAAAGGGACGCGAUAUUCUUUCGGAAUUUUAACGAUCUAUUUCCUGUAUCCUUAUAACCAUGCGAAUUAGGGGUAUGCUGGAGUGGUUCAGCUACUCACAUUUUCAAAUGGAGCUGUGCUCAUAGUGACAGAUUAUUGUUGUUGAGUGUCCAUGCAAGUAUUGGGGUGGAAACAUGUCUGGCCACUUCUUUGAGAGGAUCACUGCUAUCAGAGAUGGCAUUUUGGUCCAGCACUUCGGUUUUUACCUCUAAAGUGCCCCGGAAAAUUUUAUUCAUGUUCACCCUCUCCCUUUCUGUCACCUACUUGUUCUAUAGCCUGAUGAGCUGUUACAACUCGUUACAGUUCCCCUUGCAAGAGAACUACGUGUACCAAGGGAGGCUGGUAACGGAGGAGACAACUUUCGUAACAUUAAGGGAGAAACUUUAUUCCACUUCACCCCAGGGCUAUUUGGACGAGGAGCUGACAGAGGUGACUGCUGCCGAGAAAACGGUUGCAAUUUCCACGGUCAAAGAUAAUGUGGAGACCGAACAAAGAACAUUGGAUUGGGUUCGGAAUCAGGCGGCUCCAACUAAAACUGCCGCGGUGUAUCAAUCUCCCGCUCUGGAGAGGGAGCACCAGGAAUUCAGCACCACGGACAACGAACUCAGGGUGAACUGCACCUCGGAUUAUGGGGUGAAAAAAUUACCCCAAGCCAUUAUAAUUGGGGUGAAGAAAGGAGGUACCAGGGCUCUGCUCGAAGCUUUGAGGGUCCAUCCCGAUAUCAGAGCCGUUGGGAAUGAGCCACAUUUCUUCGACAGGAACUACGAGAAAGGGCUGGAUUGGUACAGAGACCUGAUGCCUUCGACGCUGGAGGGACAAAUCACCAUGGAGAAGACACCCAGCUACUUUGUGACUAGCCACGCCCCAAAACGUAUCCACACGAUGGCCAGGGACAUCAAGUUAAUCAUUGUGGUCCGCAACCCUGUCACCAGGGCCAUUUCAGACUACACACAGACUCUGUCCAAAAAACCUGAGAUCCCAACCUUUGAGGUUUUGGCAUUUAAGAAUCGGACGCUGGGCCUAAUAGAUGCAUCGUGGAGUGCUCUACGUAUAGGGAUCUACGCGCUCCACUUGGAGACGUGGAUGCAGUACUUCCCUCUCGCCCAGAUGCACUUUGUCAGUGGAGAGAGGCUUAUCGUUGAUCCCGCUGGCGAGAUGGGCAAGGUGCAGGACUUUCUGGGACUCAAGCGGAUCGUCACGGAUAAACACUUUUACUUCAACAAAACGAAGGGAUUUCCUUGUCUCAAGAAGCCAGAGGACAGCAGCACCCCGAGAUGUCUCGGCAAAUCUAAGGGGAGAACUCACCCUAAUAUUGACCCGGACGUUAUCCGCCGACUGCACAAGUUCUUCAAACCCUUUAACAUGAUGUUCUACCAAAUGACUGGCCAGAACUUUGAGUGGGAGCUGGAGGAGGGCAGUGACUCUCGGGGCUCUCAGAACUAACAGACUGUCGCCCCACGUCACAGCCACAGCUACACCACCAGCCUUUCUCAAUAACACAUCCACUGUCUGUCCCUACCGUUUCAUCCUCUGAGAGAGGGCUUGAGUACGUCAAUCAAUCAUGGCUGUCUUUGAGAAGGUGUCUGUAUCCAUAGGAAAAAAAGAGUUUACCGAUAUGCUUCUAUUCUCUCCCGCAAAACUAAAACAUUAUUGUACAUACUAUACAUAAAAUGAUAUUUAUAUUUGUGAAGGGGAGAUGAUUUUAUUCCUUUUGUUUUAAAAACAUAGAGCUGAUAUAUGAAUCAUGUCGACUAUGACGAUGCAUGCAUGCGAUAAGUUAAGUGUCCUUACCUCCUGAGCCCUGAGGGUGUAUUCUGCCUGCUACUUCUCCUUUUACUUUUCAUGCAGUUUGUUGCCCUUUCGCCCACACACACCAGCGUACAGUACAAAACAGUCAUACUACUCAGAUGACUGAGGCCAUGAAGUAUUCUGGAUGAUUUAUUUCAACACUCUGUAGAGAUUAAAGAAAAUAAAUGAAUCUUACAGUACAAUUAUCCCUUGACGUGACCCUCAUGUCGUAUUUGAGGUUGUCCGUGUAUGUAUUAUAAAUGGAGACUAUUCCUUUUUUGUCAAUCCAAGUUUACCAAAGCAUAGCUUUAAUUUCCUCAGAAUCAAUAUUUUUGUUGACCUGCACUCGUAGGUAACAUGUUUUAAACGAAUGUACAGUACAUAUAUUUCAAAUAGUUUUUGUAUAUCAUCAUUUGUGAAGCUGUUAUUGGCAUAUGGUGUAUAAACUAAAUUGUAUUUCUCACACACAUUAAGGGAUUACUGUAAAUGUCACACCCAUGCAAAGUAUGCCCAGUAAUCUGAAGUAACAGUAUUUGAGGUGUGCACAAAGUAUAUUAUAAAUGGAGGAAAACUAUUCUAAAAACUAUUUUAUAUAGAGCUAUUAUAUGAUAAAUGUGACAGAACUACUAUGGGAAAAAAAUUGCAGUGAGAUUUGCGAGCCAAUGGGGUUCUCCUGUUAUUGUUAAGUCGAUGAGGUGAAAAACAACAGAGGAGGACCCAACAGAAGGGUGUUAACAAACAUCUGGUGCCACGCAGUCUUCUGUCAUUAAGAGAUAAAUGGGUUAAUUAAGUAAACCUGGAACAUCAUUGUCAAUGUCAAAUUGAGGAUUUGCUUCAGACAAAAUGUUAUUAUGCACAGGUUUACCCAGUAAAUCUCCCACAUUGUAUUGAGAGUAUCAUGUAUCUGACUGGAAUAUGUCAACCUGUUGAGGAAACAUUAUGUACAUCAUCGCAUUUCAACCCAGUUGUGCUCAUCUUCAUCCAGGUUUGUAUACAUGGCACAGAUUAUAAGAGUUUUACAGUCCCUUUUUGCUUUUCUAUAAAUGUUACUUUAUGUCUCACUCCAUGAAAUAAGAGCCGUCAUCCUUUUUGCAUAGCUUUCUGUGUGUCUGUCUGCUGUCUUACUACUGUCUCUGGACUUUUCAUCAAUUGAGACAAUCAAUACAGUCAAUGAGUCAAUAAAUACAGUCUUCAACACAUCAA